AUGAGCCUCGGCGGCGAGGUUUGAAAAAGAGCGCAGGUGAGGUUCUUUAGCUGGGGCGGCGAGGCAGUUGCCGCUUUUGGGGGGCAGUUGUGCGCUUAACGGGGCGAGAAGGGCUGCCGUUGCCUGGGUCGCCGUCCGUGGGAUAGGACUGAUUUCUUCUGUUUCGUGGGGGGAGACCCAGCUGGUUCUCGCACCCGACUGUAUGUCGUUUUAAAAGUAAGUAGAUAAAUGGUGGCCCUGCCUUUGCCCCUUUCGGUCUGCAUUCGGGUCCGGGGUCCGAGCGGAACGGCGUGCUUUAUUAUCAAGCCCAAAGCUGAGCUGGUAGCAAGCCUGUAGUUGCAGGCAUCGUUGCAUUAUAUCUUAUGUUUUUGAAGUAACGCACCUGCGCUUUGAAUCCGAAUCUUGGUAGUGCCAAAAAAAAGCAUGCUAGACUUUACUAGAGAUGAACUUUUGAAGCCAUGGGGGAGAAAAACAGCUUUCAUUUUCCUGAAGCAAAUUCACAGGAAAAUUGGGGAGGAAAACAAACCCACAGUGCCGUGUUGUUGUUUUUUAAAGCACUCCUUACAUUUCCAAAGCCAUUUGAGGAAUAGAAUGGUCAUGUCUGGUUUAUUAAAAGUACAGUCUAUUCAAGCGAUAGUGGCUGUGCAUCUGACCCACAGAAGCCCCUGCUAAAAUGCUAAAUCUGUAUUUUCACUCUAAGUCUGUAGGUCACUUUAAAUACAUGGAAAUCGGAGGUAUGGCAUAGGAUGUGCUCAGUGUUUUGCUACAGCUGCACAUUUGUGGAAUAUCAGCAUCGUUGCUGGGCCAUCUUACCUGAAACUUGACCAUGUUUCUUCUUAUCUAGGCUUUUGGUCCUUAAUUUGUAGUGUUUUAAAUACUUGUUGCCUCUUUUCAGAGGUUGGGAUGUGUUAAGCCUGCCUUUUAUAUUACGGGUGUGUUUUUUGGUUUUUAAUUUGUUUUGGUUUCAUAGUACUUUUUUUCGGGACACGGGUGGCGCUGUGGGUAAAACCUCAGCGCCUAGGACUUGCCAAUCGCAUGGUCGGCGGUUCGAAUCCCCGUGGCGGGGUGCGCUCCCAUUGCUCGGUCCCAGCGCCUGCCAACCUAGCAGUUCGAAAGCACCCCCGGGUGCAAGUAGAUAAAUAGGGACCACUUACCAGCGGGAAGGUAAACGGCGUUCCGUGUGCUGCGCUGGCUCGCCAGAUGCAGCUUGUCACGCUGGCCACGUGACCCGGAAGUGUCUGCGGACAGCGCUGGCUCCUGGCCUAUAGAGUGAGAUGAGCGCACAACCCUAGAGUCUGGCAAGACUGGCCCGUACGGGCAGGGGUACCUUUACCUUUACAUAGUACUUUUUAACUUUGCACUCUUUUGUAAGUUAAUUUGGGUUACUUUUUGUGUAAAAACAACAACAACAAAGUGCAAUUAAUGCUACUUCACAUCCUUGCAAAGCUUCCAAUGAAGGUUCCAAAGAAGACACUCGAAGGACUAUGGCACUAAAUUGGCCUUCUCAAUAUGGUGUCCACUGUCCACCAGAUGUUUGGAUUACAAGUCCUGACAACCUUGGGAAUAGCCAGCACUUCCAGUAGUUGUACUCCAAAACAUCUGAUGGGCACCAGGUUGAUGAUGACUGCGUUAAACUGUACUGUAGCUGUGCCCAUUUUUUCACUCUCCUCUCCUUUUCUGCAAGGAAAGUUCAGACAAACAGGACAAGGCAACUCUAAAAUCUGAUUAAUACUUACAAUCUGACAUAUGAGUUCACAUGAUGAAGAAAUUUGUGUAGAGGUCCAAAUUUCAUGUUAUUGGAUGUUCCAUUCAAGCAACUCUCCCCCCCCCCCCCGCUUUCUCUUCUUUAAUAGGAUGGAGUCUAAUUUGGAUAAGCCAUCAAUGCUUAGACCAUCCUUUAUUUCUGCUGUUGAAUUGUCCCCAAGAAUUAUCCCUGUGGAUGUUAGUGACAUUAGGAAGAAUCUCUAUAGUGAUUUAUCAUCAAUCUCUGAUAUAAGCCAGGUAAGGGAAUUGGGCGACUCCAAGUGAUAAUGACAAUGUCUAUUGUACUGUACUUGUGAAAGUGAUCCACGCAGAAAUGGCUGAGGUGGAUGUGAUGUCUUGGAAUACUCAGUUGCUUAUGGAAUUAAACAGUUUGUAGUCCAGCUUCUGUGUGGGAAGUUGUUCCCCAUGUGGAAUAACUUAGCUGUGUAUAGUCUAUUGAGAUUAAAGGCUCAUAAAACCAAGAGCCUUGAGUAUAUGGCAAUAUUGUUGGACAGCACUGUGGUUUUACUCUUUCCCUCUGUAGAGAGAGAGCUUGGAAUCCAGAGAACGCAUUCAUGUUUGCCUGCGCAUUAGACCGUUGAUGCAGUCAGAAAAGGAAGGUGAUUCUCAGGUGUGAUUUAAAAAUAAAUUCUAAAAGCAAAAUUUGUUUAAGAAUGCCAUCUGCUGAACUAAAAAUAUCUAUUAUCUAUCUCCCCUUUCUUACAGAAUUGUAUUUCUGUUCUUGACGCAUCAAGUGUUAUAUUAAAAGCUCCCAAGUCUUCCAAGGUAUUCCGGCUUAGUGAAAAAAACUUGCAGCAAUUGGUGCAGAAAUUUACUUUUUCACAGGUAAAUAAAGUGUAAAGGGCUAUUGGCGACUCAUAACCCUUAGUAUGGAAACUUUGCACAUAAUAAUGCUUGAAUACUUCUCACUGAUUUGAAAAGCUUAAGAAAAUAUAGUCUUGAAAGAAAUUGUCUGGAAUUUCAGUGUGGAAAGCCAUAAAAUAUCUUCUUAUUAACUUUUUAGGUAUUUGGCCCUGAAACAACCCAGGAAGAACUCUUUGAAGGGACUGUGAAGCAGCCAGUGCAAGACUUCCUGAAGGGACACAGUCGCCUUGUAUUUACCUAUGGUGUUACAAAUGCUGGGAAAACAUAUACAUACAAAGGUACUACUGAGCAUCCAUAUUUCUCUGGACAAAAUGUUAACUUGAGUUCCGUGUUACUUGUGUAUGCUCUGUGUCAUCAAACUGUGUGCUACAGUUAUUUCAACUCUCUGAACUACUUAUUUUUAAUUGGAAUAUGUGUAUAAUAUGAUGUUUUAAAAAAUGCAUUUUGAAUUGGAACAUAGGAAACUGGUUUUGUAACUCCGUAUAGUAGUAGUAGUAAUAAUAAUUUAUUAUUUAUACCCCACCCAUCUGGCUGGGUUUCCCCAGCCACUCUGGGCUGCUUCCAACAUAAUAUUAAAAAUACAAUAAAACAUCAAACAUUAAAAACUUCCGUAAAAAAGGAUGCCUUCAGAUGUCUUCUAAAUGUCAGACAGUUGUUUAUUUCUUUGACAUCUGAUGGGCCCUCUAGGUACUCUAAAGCAGGGGUCAGCAACCUUUUUCAGCUGUGGGCUGGUCCACCGUCCCUCAGACCAUGUGGUGGGCCAGACUAUAUUUUGGGGGGAAAAGGAACGAAUUCCUACGCCCCACAAAUAACCCAGAGAUGCAUUUCAAAUAAAAGCACACAUUCUACUCAUGUAAAAACACACUGAUUCACAGACCGUCUGCAGGCCGGAUUGAGAAGGUGAUUGGGCCGCAUCCGGCCCACGAGCCUUAGGUUGCCUACCCUUGCUUUAAAGGGUUGUUCCGAUCCCUGCCCCCUGAAAUAUGAGUGAAUGGAAUAGAUCUAAGUAUGGACAGCACAAAUGGAUUUCUAGUUGACCGCCUAUAUGGGUUUUCCAGGGGUGGGGGAGGGAUUACUACAUUUAAUUGACUUGAUCUAUUUUAGCAUUUCUGUUUUAGUAAAGAAAACUGAAAACGCAUACUGUGAUAAUUUUAUGCUCUGUAUAAAUAUUUCAGACUUUUCCAAUAGCCAAAAGUAUUUGAAAUGAAAUACUUGACUUCGGUGAGUAGGGGUAAAGCGUAUUCAGUGUGGUUUAAAUGUUGCUUUCCAAAAUGGGGGUUGAAUAUAUUUUUAUUGGAAUGCUGAUCCAAUCACCUUGUGCUUACUCCAAGGGUAGCUCUAAUUCCACAUGUAUACAGUUCAUGUUGCCUCCUUGCCCCCUUUUCCUGAUUCUGCUCCAAAAGAGUGUUCAAAGUUCUGUCAAAUCGUCCUUAUGACAGGUACUAAUGAAGAUGGUGGCAUUCUCCCAAGGGCGCUGGAGAUGUUGUUUAAGCGCAUCCAAGGCAAACUGUAUUCAGAGAUGGAUCUCAAACCCCAUCGUUGCCGAGAACACAGAAGGCUGACUAAAGAAGAAAUCAGAGAAGAAAUGUCUGUCAAAUGCUCACUUCUCCGUCUUAUAAAAGAGGUGUGUCAAUUUAGAAUGCAAUCCUGAAUACUUACUAGGGAUUUAAGCCCCACUAAAUCAGUUGGACAGAUUUAGAAUUAUGAUAAGUUUUAAUAACAGCCGUUUGUAAAGAAACUGAAAAUGGUUGUGCAUGUGUGUGUUUUUGUAUGUAUGUAUACAUAUACACAUAUUACCAAAAUUCACUAUGCUCUGACCAGAGUUUUCUAUGUUGGUGUGAUGGUUUUUUUGGCUGUGGGAAUUCUUACCUAUUUGGCAGAGACUCAUUGAGAUUAAUGGACCACUUGGCCAUGUCCAUUCAUUUGGUGAGUCAACUCUGAGUAGGAUUCACAUUGGCUGCAACCCAUGUGCUUGCUGUGAUUGUCUAAAAUGCCAGAGAAUCUGCUGUGCUUCUGCCUUUACCUUUUCUGCAGUUUGACGUAUCUUCAUACAUUUCUGUUCAGUUUUGUAGAAUCUCAGUUCAAGAAUAAAAGGUGAUUUGACCAUGUUAAAUACAUAAAGAGAAAAAAAAAUCCCUGCCUGUCAGUGACAAAUCAUAUCCGAGGUGCCAUAAUAAAUAGUCUAUAUUGCAACAAAGUAGAUUGUCAAUGUGAUACCAGUAGUAGAGAGUGGCAUAAUAAAAACCACAUGGGCACCACAUAUUCUGUAAUGAUCAAAGCUGUUUGUACAGAAUAUAAAGGGCAAGCAGGUGUGUCCAUUGAAUUUUGCAGAGGCGGAAGCAGGAGCUGGCCUCAUCCUGAUGUUGCUAUGCUAGUUGUACAUGCAUGGGCACUUCCCUUUGAAGGUUUCUUCGCCAUGAUUAGGACCCCAUUGACAGGAUUCACUUAAUGAAACCCGUCGGCAGAAUCUUAGCGCAGUGGGGCUCCCAUCGCCUUCUCAUCCCCCCCCCCAUGGCCACUUGAAAUUGCCUUAUGGGGGUCGGGAGAAUCCUGGUACAGUGCUUGGUGGGAGGAGAGAUUGUUCCGCCUGUCAAGCUGGGAUGCUUGCACAGAUGAGACAUUUCUAAUAGUGUCAUUUUGAAUUCCAGCCUAAGUGAGUACCACUCUUUGACACUAACUGGGGGGGUCGGGGAACUGCCAGGGGAAUCCUGCCAGCGGGGGUGGGGGGAGGAAGAAAGAGCUUAUUGUUGGAGAUGGGAUUGUAGCACAGCCCCACAACAUAUUUUUUUUAAACACAACUGGCCUCAAAUUUGUUCGUGCUACACAUAAUUAUUUAUUGAUAAAAUUACGUUGGAACUUGGAAAAUGAAAAGAAACGACUCCUACCAUUACGUGAUUUAUGUAAUAAAAAGCGGCUACUUUAUAAUAUGAUCAUGGGGCACCCAGAAAGUAUAAAACAAUGCAGCUGCAUAAGAACAUCAAUCAUUCACAAAAUAUAAAUGAGCCUCUUACAUAUAUACAAACUCAGUGAGAGGUGUGAGCUUGCUUUUGCCAGGAAAUCUCGUUUAUAUUAGGUCUAGUUUGAGGCAAACAAACUCUCAUCUCAUCAAUGCAAAUAAGUCUUUCUCUUUUCUGAUCUUCCAUAUUUGUCAGAGUUGAAAAUGCCUGUUCACAAUAUUAUGUCAUGGAGAACUGUAGAAGAGUAGCCAAUGCUAUUCUCCAGUACUCUGUUCGAAUGGUGAUUCUGGAUCACAGCUAGCAUUGUCACUUGAUGCUCUCGUUUUGAAAAUAUAUUUAUCCAUAUUCUACACAUAGAUAGAUGGGCACUAUACUACACUCAAAUGAUUAAAUGUUUCUUUGGGUGUCCUUGAAUCUUCCCACAUUUGCCAUCCUCUCCUGCCACACCCUUUGAAAACUACUGCCAUAGGCCAUGUUGUCUGGGGCUGAUUGGACCUGGCGGCCAACAACUUAUGGAGGGCACCAUGUUGAGUUCCAGCUAAUGUAACAUUGCUUCGUUACAGAGGUCCAUCCCUGUACUGUCCAUGCUUCCUUCCUAUGCCAUUGUUCAAACUUUUUUUAUUAUUAAAUAUUGCCUGACCAGCAUGCAACUGUUAUCAAAAAACAGGAACAAAGGAAGCUGCCUUAUAUCAUUGGUCUAGCUAGCUCAGUAUUGUCUACACUGACUGGCAGCAGCUCUCCAGGGGUCCAGGCAGAGGAAAUCCCCAUCCCUGCUGGUGACUGAACCUGCAUUUGCAAAGCCGAUGCUGUCCCACUGAGCCAUCGUACCUUCUCAAGUGCUAAGUAUGCUCUGGUACGAAUACCGUCUUGUUAUGGAAAUUGUGGCAUAAGUUGGAAUCUGCUUCAUCAGGUGCAUGAGAGGAGGAAGAAAACUUGGUGAUCCAAAGGCAAAAAAAUACAAGAAAUAGCUGUAGGUGUUUCCAUUGCUAUGCAGAGCAUAAACUCAGCAGCCUCAUGUUUGAACUUUCCUGGAGGUGUUGUGGAAUUGUGGUAUUUCCAUGGAGAUUGAAAUGUUCUUCCACUGACUUCUGAAUUGUUAACAUAUCCAGAUUACUUUGUGAGCUACACAAAGUGGGUUCUGGCCCAUGAAUGCUUAUUCCUUCGGCCCUUAAAGUGCCAUACAAUGCUGCUGUUGCAGCAGCAGCAGACUCGUAUAGGUAUGCCUGGUAAGGCUUGCUAUGGUUACCAUAGAAAUGAAAUUUUCAUUGCAAUGAUCCAUUAGCACAUCCUAAUUUUUCAGUCCUGCCCUAGAAAAUACAAUAGAUGAUAGUACAGUAGAACAUCUAGUAUAACCCAUAUUUUGUUUCUGUCUUAAUUUUCAGGUUGAUUAUCCAAGUGUCGUUAAUGGGAAUCGCAGUGGAAUUGCUGAUAAUUCUGAUGGUAAGUUACGUAUCCGAAAGCCAAAAUUAGGCUCCAAAAAUUCAGCGUGCACUAUUGCCAUAGUAAGUAAUGCUGAAAUGAGACUUCCUCUGAUACUUUAAAAAGCUGUCAUUUUCCAGCCUUGGAUCUUGUGCUGCAAACAACAAUGCUGUCUGAACAAUGUUCAGUGCUAUUGAAGCAGCCUGUUUUAAAUCACAUCGAGAUGGACUCACUUCAGCAGAAUGUUAAUGCCACUCCAUUGUUCCGACAGAGUUGGAUGAAGUAGCGAAAGAAGCUGAACAAGCUAAUGUGGAUGAAGGGAGAGGUGCAAAAUUCUCCAUCUGGGUUUCGUUCUGUGAAAUUUAUAAUGAGUGCAUUUACGACCUGCUGCUCCCAGUGUCCAAUGAUAGAAGAAGGAAGGUGUUGCGUCUGUCACAGGAUGUAAAAGGCUGUUCAUAUGUUAAAGGUAACAAAUAUCUUAAAUCUUUGGUAACCAGUUUCAGUAGCCUUAAGGUGUCCUGCUUAUUCAGUGCCCAGGCUGUGUGCAAACUAGCUUUUAAUUCAGUGUAAUGCUCCUAACUCACAUUCUUAUUUCCUUUAAUUUCUUGCUUUAAUUCUUGUUCAGUGGUGAAUAAUGAACCAUUUCUAUUUCUUGAAGAUCUACAAUGGAUUCAGGUUUCAAAUUUCAAAGAAGCUUUUAAGCUCAUGCAACUAGGCCUGAAACAUCAGAGUUUUGCUUCCACAAAACUGAAUGCCAAUUCCAGUAGAAGGUAAGAGGCCCAUAGUAAAAUCAGGAUAUGUUCAAUGUGUAGUAGCAUAAUGGUUCACUUUCAGCUUUUACUUGCAAGUUUAUGCAACACAGACUUGUUAAAGUAAUGCCCAGUACCUAAGGAUCCCUACACCGUUCUUGCUCAGAUGUGUUUCUUGAAACAGUCACCCACAUGCUUGUAUCUUGUGCUGAACUUUGGGGCUUUUAAUUAUGUGAAGUUUUCUGUGAUUUAAUAAAUAGUAAUGGGUAGGUGAUUCCUUGGAGAUCCAGUGUGAUUUUUAAUGUUAAGUACAGUAAGCACACAACACAGGGCUUGCGUUCCGGGCGAUAACGCGUAAAGCCAAAAUUGCAUAUGGUCAACACACAUUGGGUGCAACAGUGGGUGGGAUUGCCAAAGUCUUUUUUCCAAGACACCUACUCCCUUAAAAAAAAAAUUGGCCAAGUGCAUAAAGCUGAAUGUGUACAAUGUGUGUAAGUUGCAGACUUACUGUACUCCGUUGGAGAAUAGGGCAGUGAAGAGGCCUGCAAUAUUCUAAAAUCCUUAUCUGGGAUGUUAAAAGAAGUUAAUAUGCAUGUUUAUGUAUCUUCCAAAUGGUAUAAAUAUAUCUUAAAAUCUAUCACUAUAUACUAGAAUGGAAGAAGUGCCUCGAGGUUAGGAGCUAUUAAGAUUUUCAAAAUGGCAGAAGGCUGCAACGUGUUCACUGAUGUUUAAAGAUAGCAUUGCUGGCAGCAACGUCUGUGUAUUUUUGGUCUUUCAGCCACAGUAUAUUCACUGUGAAAAUGCUAAAAAUUGAUCCUGAAGCAACUCGUGUGAUGCAAGUCAAUGAGUAAGUUUUGUAUUUCAUGUGUUCUUACCGAUUAAAAUUGUAAGACCAGGCAACCUAAAUUCCCCACUCCUUUUCUUUAUCUCCAGAUUAUUCCUCUGCGACCUCGCUGGCUCAGAGCGUUGUACACGAACCCACAACGAAGGAGAGAGGUUGAAAGAGAGUGGGAAUAUUAACACUUCCUUGCUCAUUCUAGGCAAAUGCAUCAGUGCCCUGAAGAUGAGCCAGCAAUCAAAGUAGGUUCUGGGAAAGCGUUUCGCUUCAUGUUAAGGGAUGGGGGCGGGGGCUUCUAGCAGCUCUCUGUAAAGAGAAGGAAAACACCUUUUGAAUGAGAGAAGUAUGCAUAUUCCUCAUGCAGAUCUCUGCUACCUUUCAUGUAACUUAGGUGUUUAAGAGAGACCUAGACUGCUUAACAGCCUGUCCUUAACCCCCCCCCACCUGACAUGAUCCCUACAGGAUAUGAAUCCUAACAAGCGGGAAAUGGUGUAAAAGGAGGCAGAGUGCUUUAAAGAGCCAGAAAUUGCCUUAUCUUUCCAAAUGUCACCUUUAAGCCUUUAACCAGUCCUUAAAUAGGAGUAAGAAAUCUUUCCAUUUUUAGGGCAAGCACAUUCUUUUGCUAGUCCGGUGAAGCAUGAUACUUGACCAGUUCUCAAUUGGCAGUGCAGUUUCCAAGCUAAAAUAAUAGAUGAUGAUGAUGAUGAUUUUUCAAAACUGAACUAAAACAUGCAAGAGACAGGGCCAUAAUGCGAUUAUAAUAUAUUUAAAAAGCUUUCCGCUGCCAAAAGUGCUGUGUUACCCAAGUUUGCUUGAUCAAAGAAGCAAGCCAAAAACCUCCAUGACUGUACAACACUUACUUUAAAAAUGGAUGCUCAAACCAAGCUUGCUGCAUGCCCGCUACUUGUUUCCCAGUGAACACCUGCAGUGUUUUGAAAGGACAGUUGAUGUUCAUAAGCGUGAGAGGUACCCAGUAAGAUGCUGAAUCUGUGUGCGGCUGCCCCAUGUGGUGAACCACUGCAGGUAGCAGCUUUCUCUGCAAAGAACCCACUCUUCUGCUCUGGAAGGAGUAUUCAAUGGCUUUCUGUUCUGGCUGAGCUUCCUUGAGCAACAUACUCUGCCUGAGCUCUGGCGUACUCACAGAUUGUUGGUUUUUGUUUGGUUCUGGCCUACCCUUUGGUAUUAACUUGUUAUUUGGUCCCAGCUACUGACUUGCUCCUAUGGUUUUCAGUUUGGGGCUUCCUUCAGGCUGCUGCCCACAACCCAUCCUUAAUGACAAUAAUCCUUUACCCCCUUGUCUUUUGGAUCUCUGUAGAAACUUUUUAAAAACAAACAAACUGGGAAGCAUGUGGUGAAGAAGCAACAGGCCUGAAUGGACCUAAAGCCUUUCAGUCUAUGCCUCUUUAAAAUGAAGCUUGGCCCCAUAUCCUAGAAAAUGCGCUUGAAAACACUUUUCGAAAAAGUGAACUGCAGCUGACUUGUUUGUUUCAUUUUCAGGCUGCAGCAGCACAUCCCCUUUCGGGAAAGCAAGCUGACUCACUUCUUUCAAGGCUUCUUCAGUGGUAAGGGGAAGGUGUGCAUGAUAGUGAACGUCAGCCAGAGCGCCUCUGCGUAUGAUGAAACCCUCAACGUGCUCAGGUUUUCAGCAAUUGCUCAGAAAGUAAGUGUUCACAUUUGUAUGAAACUGGAAAUAGAUUAUGAAACUGGAAAUGUAUGAAACUGGAAAUAGAUCACCAUGCAGUUAGAGACAUGCAAAAGGCUAUGGGUCAGCUAGCUGGCUUCUGCCCUUAGAGCUCUUUUGAAGGGCAGGUGAAUGUUUCAGAAGUCAGAGAUGGAUGCCUGGAUGGAGAGGGUCUCCGGGUUAUAAAAUGCAGUGCUCCCAUCUUAUUGUAAAAUGAGACAUAGCACCUUGACAUUAAUGACCUAGAGAGGCUGUGGGCUCUGUCUUGUUGGGGGUCUUCAGAAUGAGGCCAGACAGCCGUUACUUGGGGUGUUCAUUCAGUGGAUUUCAUUCAGUGUGUUGAGCUAGUUGGAUGGCCUGCAAGGAGGUGUUUGGCUACCUGAAUGGCAUGCAAGACCCACUCCACAAUCUCUGCUUCUGUGUCAUAAUAAAGAAGCUAUAUGGCAUGGGUUUGUGCUGGAAGAAAGCAUGGAUUCUGGAAAUCCUUAAAAUGAGCAGGGUUUUGUUUUUGUUUGUUUUGGCAGGAAGCUUUAAUAGCAGCUAAAACCACUGUCACAAACUGGCUUUCAUAUGUUUUUUGCUUCCUUCCUAAAUAGGUCAUGGUCUUAGAUUCCAACGAUUCUCCCCCAGAAGAGUCAUUUGAGCAGAUGGCUGUCAAAGCUGAAUCUGAAAUGAACACUGAAGAAGAUGUGCGUUUACCCGUUAAAAGAGCAACUGUACUCUGGGAGAGGACUUUGGAGGAUGUGAUGGAAGAUGAAGAGGAGGGGGAGGGGGAAGAGCUAGAAGAAGAUGGCAGUGGGAUGUAUGAGGUAAACUCUGUGGCAGAAACCAGACUUGACAGAGAGGCUGAGCCUGAAGAAAUGCUAGACCAAGUGGGAGAUGAAGACAGUGACAUUGUCAUUGAAAAAGAAAAGUACCAGGUAUGCCCUUAUGACAGGAAUAGCUAUGUGAAUCUGUUGCAGCAAAAAGGAGGAAUGCUGGAAAAUAAGAGCCACUGAGUUAAUUUGGGGCGUUUACAGUCCGCUUUUCUAAGGUGUUUCAUACUUCAAUCUGCUUUCAUUUUUUAAAACGAACGUAGCAGCCAGUUUGAAAACAAUAAAGAUGCACCGAAAAAUGUCUGCUGGAUAGGGCUGCCCACCUGUCAGAUGAUCUGAUGUCAUGAUAAUACCCUUUUUGCCUGCUUGAUUUGAAAUCAGUUGUGGGUGAAGGUACAGGUUGCAAAGUUUCGGUAGUCAGACCGUCAGUUCCUGCAAAGUGCUUUGUAAGGGGCUUUGCAGGAUAGCUAUUAUGAAGCCCUGUGCAAAGGGCUGUGCAGGCAUGAUAGGUGGGACCUGCAGAUGCGCUUUGGACUGAGCCAGGCCUGUCCCACACUUAAGGUUCUAUUUGAGAUUGGGUGUAGGGCAGGGCACAAUGGCUUGGCUGAUAUAGCCUCGUGAGCCAAAUGGGGUGGUUCUCCACCGUUGCCUCAGGUUAAAGCUUGGGAUUUGGUGGCCUCUCAAACUUUGUAAUUUGAUUCCAGGACUUCCUGCAUUUCUAUAAACCAUUUUAGGUUUUCCAAAUUUCCCUAGGGAUUCACCAGAAUGCAUUUUUACGUCCGCCUUUCUUGUGACUCACAACGUGAGAAGCCACAGGCCACAGGCUUUGGGGCUCCCCGUAAACAAAAUGACUUGAUGUGCCGCAACAAUGAAUCCCUAAACAUGCUUUCCAUGUGCUGACUCUGCUCCUGGUGCUCCUGUUUAGAGGCUGCUUGCUAUAAUAGAAGAUCUGAAAAACAAGCUGAUUGCCGAAAAGAAGGACAAGCUGCUCAUGGAGCUGAAGAUCCGUGAAGAGGUCACACAGGAAUGUGCUCAGUAUUUUGCAGAAAAGGACAGCCAGUUCAAGUAAGUUUGCUGAUCUUGUAUUUCCGAAGGGCUUGCCAGCAUUGCUUUAAUGUUCGGGAUUGGCAUGUAUCCACAUACAGCCCAAUCCAGCAGCCAGCUGGCUAUGAACUGUGCGCUGAUACCCAAGGGAACAAGGCAUGCUUAAUGUGUGUGGCUUCUUUAUGUGCAAACACGUCAGCUUUCAAGGUGCCUGGUUGAAAACACCCCCAUGUGCAUCUUGCACCAUGUCCUCUUCCAUUCUAUUGUCUUAAGACCUGCACCAGCAGUUGGUGCUUCCCAGGAGCCCAGGGGCUUAGCAUCAUUGCUCUUCCUGACAUUUUGCCUUUUGCUGCUGCUGCUGUCAUCCUCCUCUGGAGUAUAGGAGGUUUCUCUUUGGGAGAACCAUUUGACAUGUAUUUCAUUUCCGUCACUGGUUAAACUUAGGACAUUUGUUGGCCUUACGCAAGAAAUCAUGGAGGACAACUGCGAGGAGCGCAUGCAGAUUUACAAGGACUUGGUGAAGGAAUGCAUCCCACUGCCAAAUAGCAGAGAAGAAGCAGAAGAGACUCAAAAGGUACAGCCUAAUAAGACUGGGAAUGCCAGUAACCUUAUUCUCCCUCGAACCUCUUAAGAGAUGUAUUUCUAAAGUUUAGUUCUCAAACUCACUGGGGUCCUAAUAUAAAAAUGGCACCAAACCAAUGUGGUUGUAGGGCUCUUGCUGUGCCAACAAAGUCAGACUGUAUAGUUCUGCUACCUGAGAGACACUUGAGAUGCUCGCAAGUUUGAGACUACAGGGAUCUUUCCAAAGGUAAAGCCCCCUUUCUACCUGAAAUAUAAACCUUUCAACAGAUAGGUUAGCUAAGUCUAACCACUGGGUACCCUGAUUUUGAAUGCAUUGAGGAAGAACAAGAACAUGCAGCCAUACAGAAGGACCCACAUCUCAAUUGCAGAACUUCUGCUUUGAAUGCUGAAGUUCCCCAAUCCAGUCCUCAGCAUCUCCAUGUAAGUGCUGGAAGAGAACCCUGACUGAAAUCCUAGAGAGCAACUUGCCUGAGUUUCACCUGCACAAACUCGGCUUUAUGUGGCUGAAGGCCAGCUGGUUGAAAUCGCACAGAUCCAGCGGAGAACUUAAAUGCUCUUUUUGCACAGGGUUUCCUUGGCAGGGAAAGAGCUUUUGAGCUCUCAAACUUGCUUACCCCAGGCUUUGGAGAACUUGCUCCGGCCUUGCAAGAUCUCAUAAGAGCCUCCCAGAACCUAGCAAGCAAUGGAGAGAGCUUAGAAACUCUCUGCACUGCUUGGGAUGGUAAAACCUGUUUAGUGCACCAUCUCUGGAAGGUGAGAUCACUCACGCGGGGGCAGUUCCAAGGGGGUGGUUUGAGUAUAUGCGUUGUUACGUAUACCCGCCAUCCCCUGAACAAAGCCCUUGUGUAUGAUGCAAGUUACCUGUCCUGAGCCAGGUGGUGGACUGACUCUUGAAGAUGCCAUAUACAAUGCUGCUUUAACUUGAGGGUCAGUCCUCAUCAUGCCAAAUUAGCUGGGGUAUAUGCGCAGCGUUGGCUGGUCUACCAGACUUCAUGAAGGACCCUCCAUUCUUGGCUCUCUCCCCAUCUCCCUCCAGAGGACUUUUCCAGUGGUCCUCUGGUGUGAUAUUGCCUCCUGGUGGCCAGUGAAGCUCCAGUAUGAGUAAUGAAUGUAUUAUUUGCGUCAGCCAUCGGCCAUAGCAACAAAAGAACAAUGUGAUAUACAAAGAAAGAAAAAGUCAAUUAUAUAAAACACACUUUAGGGUCCUGAAUCAACAGUCAAAUAGCGGACCUUAUUUUGAUUGCCCCGGCUAAAAACCUUGCAACCUUUGUUGUCAUCUGCUCAUCUUAAUCUGCCAAGAGAAAAGACACUAUGGCAGUGGUUGGGCGACCCGGAAUGGAUAAUAAAAGAGGGGUGAUAAGCCUGUAUGAGCAAACUUUCAUUGUUCCCCUUUAUUUUUGUGUGUUUCUUUCAAUAAGGGAGCGGAAGCUAGAGAAUCGGGAAAUCCAGCUGAUUUUUCCUGCGUGGUCGAGUCACUGCAAGAAAACGUCUCUGAUAUUAAGCAGCAGGCCCAAAUAGCGUAUGGGAUGCUUAGUGCCUUAGAAGCGCCCCAAACAACUAUUGAGCGUCUUGAAAAGCAGCUGGCAGAGGUAACAGCUGCAUUAUCUCAAGCCCGGGAGGAGCUCUUGGCCAGGAAAGAAGGUAGGUAUGAUGGAGAAACUUAAUAAAAGUAUUGACUAGGAUCUAAAGAAACAAACAGCCAGUUCCAUGCAUCCAACAGGAUUUUGGCCUUGUGUUUCUUGGCUAGCAGUCUUUCAUUACCACAGUAAACUUACAUGGAAAAGCAAUUUGGGAUGUGGCAUUGAGACGGGGAAGGGCUCUGUUCUUAAAGGGAAGUAAGUCCAAAAGCCCAGUAGCCUUUUACUUAAUAUAUUGUGUCUACUACUUCUUUAAAGUAUCAAACUUUGCAGUAUCAAAUACAGAAUGUGGUUAGAACGUCUAACGCAUCUCCCAAGCAAAUUUGAGCAUUUCUUUCCACGACAUGUAUUUAAUGUUAACUUUUAAUCACUCUGUUACAGAGCUGACAAAACAGGAGACUCAACUGAGUGAAUCUGCUAAAGUGGUUCAAGAUGCUACUCAGGUAAGCGUGCUUAGAUUUCUUUAACAUCUGCCUUUGCAAUAGGAGUCUCCAACUUUUCUGGACAUUCUGGUUUUGAGUUUUGGGUACCAGUCACAAAAUGGCUGUCAGGGGCACAAAAGGACUGUUAUGAGGGGUGGCAUGGUAUAACACAAAACUAGUGAUACUAUAGUUUUUGCUGAUCCCCCCUCCCCCCGUGAGAACCUCAUGCUUGCCAUGGAAAGUCAGCUAUGUCUGCUGGUCCUCAUUGUAGAAAUACAGCUGUUAAAUGUACAGUAAGCCUUUUUUCUUCCAAUGCCAGAAGGGAGGAGCUCUAAACCCAUAGCUUAUGAAGCUGUGAAAAAUCACCUGGACCUGGCCUACACUUUGCCUCACUGCAUGUUGAGUUUCCAAAUGGCCACAUAUUGCAGUGCAUUGUCGCAUCUAAUCCUAAACUUGUUUACCUUCUCCUUAAGAAAAUGGCUCUUCAGAACAAGCGCAUACAAGAGCUAAGUGAAAUUGUGGAGCAAAAGGAUGAUGAAAUAGCAAGGCUGAAAGUUCUGAUAAAUCAGCUGGAGGCGAUCAUAAAAGAGUCUGUGAGUGUUUAAUGUUCCACUUGUUAAUCUCAAAAGUAGCAGUUGCAUGUUGACAUGGUGGUGCCAAAUUAAAAUGCUGUCCCAGAGCAAAACUGGGCUCCAAAAGCCACAUGCUUAGUACAGUUCCCCCAAGGGGGACUUUUAAGAGCUUUAUUUUUUAAACAGCAAGCCUCACAAAAACACUAUUAAAAUGGAAACUUUCAGAAAAGGUGUUUUGUGAUAAGACAUGAGUGCCUGCUGUUCAAAGAAAGUUAAACACACGCUGCAUGCAUAAGCCUUUGGGUGUGUCUAAAAUAUGGCUCCUGGAUUCCCGACUUAAAACUUGUUACUUGUAUUUUAUGUUACCAUGCAAGCAUAAUAGGAUUUGUCUUGCUGCCUUUGGACAGAGCAAAUGCAUUUUUGUUCCCAAGGCCUGGUCUGAAAGCACAUGAUGUAGCAGCAGCAUUUUAGAAGCUAGGCAGGUCUGGUUCUUGGGAACACCAUGUAUAAUGUCUUGAAAAGAAAGCUUGGCUAUAAAUGCAGUCAAAUUUUCCUUAGAAAAGCACCAACUUUGGAUUUCAAGAGGGGCAGAGGAUCAUCUACCUUAAGGCAGAUUUUAAAAUGGCAGCAAUGUGCAAGGAAGAAUGGUCAGACUUUGGAGCGUGGAAUGGGGAAGAUGGUAGUAAGAGUGAACGGCAGUGGGGUAAAAUACAGAGGGAGGAAAGGGGGGGGAGGAAUGUAUUUUUCUUUUUCGCAAGGGGCUUCACUGUGUGUCAGUCACAACAGUUUUCAUCAAAAUUGAAGAAAUCCCAAAUUCUCAAGAGAAAUAAUGUCUAAUGUAAUCUUCCACAAAGUGAGGCAUUCCCAGUUUCACUGGGGUCCCAACUCCCAUCAACCUGCAUUUAUGGCCAAUGACUAAAUCUGAUGGGAGCUGUCAUUCAGCAACAUCUGGAAGGCCGAAGGUUCCACACCUCCUCUCUUAAGGCAAUGUGAGAGCUGCUGAGGGAGUGGAAGACAACAGUGGUCUCUAGCCACUGACUCAUUGGUUAUUCAAGCACCAGACCAAUGAAAUUGAAAUGGCUAUACAGUGGUACCUCGGUUUUCAAACGUAAUCCAUUCCAGAAGCCCAUUCGACUUCUGAAAAGUUCGAAAACCGAAAUUCAAUAGCCAACAGCUAGGACUUAGGGUCUUACACUCUGCAGAAGCCGCCUUUCCUGUUUGACUUCCGAGGCACGUUCAAAACCUGAAGCAGUUACUUCUGGGUUUUCGGUGUUCAAAAACCGAAACGUUCGAUUUCCGAGAUGUUCAAAAACCGAGGUACCACUCUACUAAAUUGCCUUCCCUUUUUAUAUUAAUGCAGGAGAGCACAAUAGCCAGUAUUAAACGACAAAUGGCGCAGGAAAACGCUACCAGAGAAAGCUGCUCCUGUUCUCGUCAGCCUGUGGAGAACUGUGUGGGUGGCAGAAGAAAACGAUGCUUAGAAGAGGCAGAGGAGGUGGAAGGUCCACCUGCGAAGCAAGGUAUCAUUUCCUGUUCUUCAGAUGCAGAGGCUCCUGAGGUCAAAAGCUAACUGCUUGUUAGAAUGAGAACAAAAGAGCCCCAGCAUAAAGGAAGGGUUGCGAAGAAAGCUGACUGUCAGAUCAAACCAGCAUAUGCAUCUUGCCUGAACUCUUUGUUGCUUAUUGUUUUGUUUUAUACAAGUCUGAAAUAAAAGUGUCUUAAUUGCAAACUUCCUUUUUCAUGUUGUGUCUAUUCCUCAUAGAGUAGGUGUAAGUUAUCCUUCCGCUGUAUGAGCUAUCCUUUGCUUAGUGAAUCUUCUUGUUUAGUUCCUGUGUGCAUGUAACUUGAUUUUUCUAUGUGUUCUAGUCAAAAGAAUUCUCCAAAAUAUCUGUGUAGGUCCAGUGCAAGCGUGAUGCUUAAGCAUCACAAUGCUUAAACAAUGCUUAAGCAUCAGGCGUCUUCUGCAGGUUCCCACCUCUCUUCCAUGCUCUUCCUUCCUUUUCAGUUUUUUCAUGGUGCACAGCACUGUUAUAUCCACACUGAGGUUAAACAGGCCAUGGUUAGCAUUAUUUGCCAGGUAUUUGAGACAACAAAACAACAACACCACAAACUGGCUUAUAAGUAUAAAACCAAAUUUAUUAGAAUAAUAGCUAGAAUAGAGAUAGACUUGUAACCAUUCAAACAACAAACAUACUAAGGUGCCAUGUGCAAAACAAAGCCUGGAGUUACUGUAAACCUGGAGUAGAUAAAUGUACAACUGUAUCUUAACUAGUUACAUGUGCAGUAAACGUUAUACAGACAGGAUAAAUGAACCACUCAACAAGUAGCGUGAGUCCAAUCACAGAACGGCAGCCCCAUGCCGCCACAACAGCAAGGGUAGCACACUGGAGAAUAUGAACAAGUUUUUCAAAGCUGUGUUUCAAAGAUUGAACUGGAUGAGAUGUUCUUCAAUGGGUCUUGAGUUAGAAACACAUGGAUCAAUCAUGGGAAGGCAAAUCAAGGUAAGUGGGCAAAAGGAGGUCUGUGCCUGUGAAUACAUUCUUUAUCCUGAGCAAACCGUUUUGUAUGACUGGCUUUUCGGACUGAUGAAGCGUGUAGCGAAACCUGUAAUAUAUCCGGAGAACAGGUGUCCUUUUGCCCACUUGAGUUAUUCUCACCAGGGUGGUGGCUUUGAUUUGCCUUCCCGUGAUUGAUCCAUGCAUACGGCUUUGUGUUUCUAACUCAAGACCCAUUGGAGAACAUCUCAUCCAGUACAAUCUUUGAAAAACAGCUUUGAAAAACUUUUUCAUAUUCUCCAGUGUGCUACCCUUGCUGCUGCGGCGGCACGGGGCUGCCGUUCUGUAAUUGGACUUGCGCUACUUGUUGAACGGUUUAUUUAUCUAGUCUGUAACGCUUACUGUGCAUGUAACUAGUUAAGAUACAGUUGUACAUUUAUCUACUUCAUGUUUACAGUAUCUCCAGGCUUUGUUUUGCACAUGGCACCUUAGUAUGUUUGUUGUUUGAAUGGUUACAAGUCUCUCUAUUCUAGCAAUUAUUCUAGUAAAUUUGGUUUUAUACUUACAAGCCAGUUUGUAGUGUUGUUGUUUUGUUGUAUUAUUAUUACUGUCACCACAUUUGAUACUUUAGGUAUUUGAGACAGCCAAAAAACAUUGCUAGGGAACCAACUGAACAAACAAAUCACUUUGCGCAACAGGCAACAUAUCCUACCAAUAUGAAGGGACCCCCACCCCCAAUGAUCUAUUGAUGUUUGUGUUUAAUUUCUUUUUACUUUUAACUUAUUUCUAACUUUUAAUGACUUUAUUGUCUGGCCUUACAUUUUUAUAUUGAUGUAAAUCGCCGUGAUAUAUUUUAAUGACAUAACGGUAUAUAAAUUUUUUUAUAAAUAAAUUGAGAAACAUCUUGUACUUGGGCCCAGUGCCUAGAGCUGAAGAAAUCAUAUUCUGGGCCUUUGGUAGGAAAAAUAUUCAGAUGAUUCUUUGCCUUUUUAAAGCACGAAAGUGGUUCUUGUAAUGUGAAGAGGGUACUUACUGGUAAAACAUCUCAGAGCAGGAUUAUUCAGUAUGGCAAGACCAGAAACAAAGCUAGCCAAUAAAUGACUGUAACUUAAAGGAUAGUAUUUAACUCCGUUUACAGUAACUGUUAAAGUAAGCUUCCUAGGUCCUUGCCCAAUGAUGAUGCUCAUAUCUUUUUAGGUGUUGUAGUUGCCCGAUCUUAUCCCAAGAUCUGAACUUUAGAAUGGAGCAGAAAUUAAAAAGAUGGUCUCCAGCUGUGUGAAAGCACAUCCAUUUCUGAGCGAACUUGUGCUAUCCAACAAGCUUUUUAUUUCUAGAUCUUCUGGAAAAUAUUUGCUUGGUAUUGGCUUACUGUUGGAUAGAAGUAACCAUCUUUUUAAAAAUUUUGUAGGGUCAGUUAUCAACCAGUCUAAAGAUGCCACAGAGACAAAGAACACCAAAGAAAUGCAAGAAAUGAAGGAAAAGGGAGCAAUGAUGGCAUUGCAAGAAACCAAUCAAAAGUUAGAAAUGCAGUUGGCUACGCUCAGGAAGGAGAUGGAAAAACAGAAAAACGAGAGUGAGGGCUUUUCUAGAAAGAUAGCCAGCUUGUGUCAGGAACAGUUUUCUUCAGAAGAAAGGGCUUCUAUCUUAAGCAGGGAACUCCAACAGCAGCUGUCUGAUUGUGAGAAGAUAAUGGCUGAAAAAGUUGUGCUGAAAGAUGAAAAUAAGGGUCAAGAAGAGAAAAUUCAGGCUCUCCUUCAAGAACUAGAGGCUGUCAGCCAAAAUAUUGCACAGAAAAAAUCCAAGGUAAAAGAGGUUGAGGUAAAAAUAGGCGAGCUAAGCAAGCUAGGCCCACAGUGCCUCACUGUGGAUAUUGACUUGGCAAAUCAAUCGGAGAAGGCAGAGAUUGCCAAAGAAGAGCCUGAGGAAACUCCUGCAACUGCUGUUCGAAAGAGCUCCUUUCAUUGCAGCAUUGAAAUUAUCUGGGAAAUAAGCAAGCAGAUCAUUCACGCUUCCUCUCAAAAGAGCGCCCGUAUUGAAGACCUCCUCCAACAAGCUGAGCAGUUGCAGAGGCGGGCCUUGGAUGCUGAGGAUCAGGCAUCUCAGCUAAAGUUAGAGCUGAGCGAAAUGACCAACCAAAAGGAUGUAUCCUUACAGGAAAAGGAAUGCCUCCUGAAUCAGUUAAGGGACCUGCAACAGGAAAACCUGUGUUAUGCUGAAAAAUACAGGGAAGAGCAAAACAGAGCCCUUGGCUAUUUAGAGGCGGUUAAAAAAACUGAGGGCCUGUUGGAAGAGUGUAGGGCGAAAGAGGCUGGCAUAGCAUCUCUGGAGCAAGCACUGAAAGAAAAAGAAUCUGCAGUUUUAGCCAUGGAAAGAAAGGUGAAAGACAUGCAGGAGAAACUCAACCUUUCAGAAUCCGAAAUGCAGAGGUUAAGUGACCAGGAAUCUCAACUGAAGGCAGAAGUUCUAGAGUUGAGGAAUAAUUUGAGAACCGCUGAAAAGAAUAAUGAAGAAUCAAAGCAAGCAAUGGAACGGUAAGAAACUAUUUUAUCUUCCUAAAAUGCAGGCAUGAGCAUAAAAGGAUGUUAGUUCUUGUAUUGCUCUGUUUACAGUGGUUUACAUUGUGGUGGUCUCCUAUCCCGACAUUGCCCGGGGUCAGGUCCCCAUUCCACCCUUUUAGCUUCAGUAGUUGAACUGUAUUAUGUAACAGAGUUCUAGAUUGGCCCUUAUGGUUUUAUUGCAAAUUGGUGUUGUGGCCGUCCCUCUUCUGUGAAGAGACAGCAGUGAGAAAAAGACAAUGAAAACUUGAUGUGUCUUCAGACUUUUCUGAGCCAUUUUUUAAAGUUACAAGCUUUACCUUUGCAAGCUGUUCUAAAAUAGUGUAGAUUAAAUCGAGGAGUGUGUAAUAAAGGCAUGACGAAGGCUUCAGACAUGUGCCGUUUCUCUGGGAGUAAGCCCCACUAAUCAAGAAUGGGAUUUGCUUCUGAAUAAGCACGGUUGGGAUAAGGCGGCACAUUAAAGGCUUUGAAAAUAGAUUCAUUGGAUUUGAACACUGUUGAGUAACUGAUGUCCCUGAUGGGUAAGGUGCACAUGGCACAGGCAGUUAGUGACUUGUGGCAGCACCUCCUCCAACCUGGGGGAAUUGUGGUUGUCUUAUCGGCCAAGUUGUCCUAUUGCCUACCUGGGUACUCAGGGCAGCAUCAGGGCAGAUUUGAGAGUCAGCAAGGGGAAGUUGCUGUGGUCUAUAGAAAUCCCCUCUCCUCCCUCCCUCCUCUCUGUCCAGUGGGUGGAUGGGUUUAGAGUGUGUGUUUCUGGCGUUGGGCAAUCGGGACAGAUUAGGGGUUCUGCUGGUUUACUGCCUGCCUCGUUGCCCAGCAGUCUCCCUGCUUGAGCUGGUUUUAGAGGCCAUGUUAAGGACUCCCAGACUUCUUGUUUUGGGGGGUUUCAACAUCCAUGCCAAGGCGACUGACUGGGGUGGAUCGGGAUUUCAUGGCUGCUAUAAUGACUGUGGGGUUCUCCUAGCAUGCUGCCAGUGCAAUGCACAUGGCAAGCCACACUCUUGUUUUCUCAACUGGGCAGGAACCCCCGUCGUUCUACCUGGACACUGAAGUCCAGCACCAAGGGCCUUCUGGUGGUUCCCUUACUGUGAGAAACAAAGUUACAGGGAAUCUGGCAGAGGGCCUUCUCGGUAGUGGCGCCCUCCCACCUGAUGUCAAAGAAAUUAUCAACUAUCUGACUGAUGUUUAAUGACUGAUGUUUUAAUAUAUUUUUAAUCUUUUGUUAGAAGCCACCCAGAGUGGCUGGGGAAACCCAGCCAAAUGGGCGGGGUAUAAAUAAUAAAUUAUUAUUAUUACUAUUAAAAGGGUGAUGUAAAAGUGGAGGAUAUUGACAUCAGAUCACUUUCUGUUGAGAUAGAGGCUUUUAGCACCUUUUCCCUCUCUGUAGAGGCAAAGGACCCAUUAGGGAGGUUGCUCUCAGAGGCUGAUGGAUUCAAUGGGUUUUCAGACAGAUCUGAGGGAUUUUCUGGCUGAUAUGACUGGUGCUCCUGUCGAAGGCUUGGUCAACCUUUGGAGCAUCCUCUCUGGCAAUUGACAGAUCAUGAUGGUUUUGCUAUUCAUUGCCGAAAUGUUCUUGCUGAUGAAGUUUUGCUGCUACUUUAUUGUGUCUGUCUUUAUAGGUUAUUGUACACCUUUUAUAGUAAUGUAUUCAUUUCCCCCCAAUUUUGUGUUAACGUUAUGCUUCCGACUUUAUGUUAUGCAAUUUUAUUUUAUGUUAUUUCAUUCUCUUAAAAAAAAUUGUAAGCUGCUUGGAGAGCCGUGUGGCAAGCAACUAAUAAAUUAAAUCAUUAAUAAUAAUGUUAUAAUAUUUCUACCAGGCUUGCUGAGCCUGGUUGGAAAGUGCUAACAAUGGUGGCAAUAGCUGAGACUUGGCUCAUGCAAGCAGAUGAAUUCUACCGAGGCUUUAGUAGGGCAUUUGCUGGGUGAGAAGUGCAUAUUGAACUGAAGAAUCUGCAGUUGAUAAAAACUCCUGGAAACCCUCAUUCCCUUCUGCUUCUUGACUUCCUAGAAUUAGGCCCCAAGCCUUAAAGAAAAAAAUUCUCAAAUAAUCCCCCCCCCCGCUGCUUUUACUUUCCAGGUUGAAUAAGGAGCUCUCUGAGAGCACGACUUUUUCCUCCUGUCUACAAACAGAAAUCCAACAGAAAAACGAAUUGUAUGCUGAACUGAAAGAGAAACUGACUGAUGCCAAAAAGCAAAUCGAGCAAGUUCAGAGACAGGUUUGUAGGAGGAGCAGUCAGGAAAAAGCAAUUUCUUUAAUUUAUAUAAUUCUUUAAUAUAUAUCAAUAGAUAUCAUUAUUGUACCACUGGAAUUAGAUCACUUGCUCUUUAUGCGAACCGCUUUGAGCACAGAUGUGUGUGUAUGGAAAAUGCAAUCUAGAAAUGAAUUUGACCACGAGGAAAUAUCUCCUACUGACAAUCUUUCCCAGUCAGCUGGGGAGUGCAUGAGGUUGUGGGGUUUGGCUCCAUCCAAUGCUGGCUGCUGGUCUGGUAGCUAAGAGAGCAUUGGGUGCUCCCAACCCUACUGGACACCAUUAAUUUUAUAGUAUGCUUUGUUGGUUCACUUUGUUUCUAUGUCCUGCUCCUCGUGCUCCAAGUUGCAACUAAAGCGGGCAACACUGAACCAUGCAGUUGCUUGUGGCUUAUCUGCAGAAACAAUAAUAAAGCAUCAAACACCUACAGAGACCUGAAUCUCCUUGCAGGUGGGGGACAUGCGUGCCGAAGAGAAACUACUACGGAAUAAAGUCAGUGAACUUGAAAAGGCCAAAAACCAGCUAUCUGAAGAGCUGGUCACCAAGCAGCGAACUAUCCAGGAAUUUAAGAAGGUACUUGUUGUUGUUGUUGUUAUAAUAAAAAUCAGGUCUGCUUUUGUGUAAUACUGUGAGAACUCCCUGAAUAACAAAAACAGAAGUGUUGGAGUAUAGGGAUUAAGCAUAUGGCUAGGCUGUCCUAGGCCCUGACUGGUUGUGGCUGAUGGGAGUUCUAGUCCAGCAGCUUAAGGCUACGUUCUGCUUCCCCUGUUGGGGACACAGAAUACCUGCUGUCGGGAAUCUCAACUGGGGAGGGUGCUGUCACAUGCAUGUCCUGCCUUCAGACUUCCCAUAGGCAUCUGAUUGGCCACUUGUGAGAACAGGAAGCUGGAUUAGAUAGACCUUUGGUCUGACCCAGUAGAAUUCUUAGCAUGGGUUACUCCUAACUUAGACAUAGCACUAUCACUGUCUGUUCCCUAUAUUAUGGAUGGGAUAAUACAGGUACUUUGCACUGGCCCUGUGAGGAUUUCAGAGGUUAAUGAAGCACACUGAACACUUUUUAAAAUGCAGAGUGACAGUGUCAAGAAGCGUUUACACAAAACAGAUCUCAAAUAAGAUCAGGAAUAGGUCAAGAACCUUCGUGUCUAUGUCCGUAUAUGUUGUUCUCUAUGCUGCACGGGUACUGGCUUUUUUUCAGUCUUACAAUGAAUUUCCCACUGUGUUUUGCACCUCUCUCCUGCAUCACUAUAAUCCAGUAGCCUUCAGACUAGGGACCCAUCUUUUUAACCCAAACCUGCAUUGAGAGACCUGUUUAAUUUCUGCCCAUAUAUUUGUUUGCUGGUGGUACUGCUGUUUCGACCCAUCUUGGAUCAGGGAUGAUCUAGUUGUAAUUCCGAACCCACCAGCUGAAGACCAAUGCAUCAAUGUACCUUCCAGGUCUGUGACUUUGCCAUAGGUGAAGCCAGAGUUUCACAGUUGAGCUCAGUUUUAGAGUAUUCUACUGAAAAGUUACUGAAGUUGGUUCAAAGGAAAACUGUUCAGUAGAGUUUAUUUCUUAGAUUGUUAUUGUGUAACAAGGCUUUAAAUUUAUGAACAGCUAUUGAUAUUGAUGUUAUUUUCAUUUUUGCACAUAUGCACCUUUCCCCCCUCUGUGAUCCAAAUUAGGAAGAGCUGAAUAAGAAACUUGAGGAAGCUUUGCAGCAGUAUCAGAAAGCAUGCAAGGGUAUGUAAUGAACAAAGUUUGUAUAUUUUACAGAGAAGUGUGCCCUAAUUUGGGUUUAUUGCUUAUUGUGUUGUGUUCACGGUGUUGAAUGUUUUUGUUCUGGACUAUUAUUUCAGUAGUCAAACCUCGCUAUUUUUAUAUAUUGAAUUUGGCUGCGGCUCUAAACAAGUACAGUGGUACCUUGGUUCUCAAACUUUAUCUGCCCUGGAGGCCAAAACCAAAGCAUUCCAAAACCAAGGCGUGCUUUCCCAUAGAAAGUAAUGCAAAAUGGAUUAAUUCGUUCCAGACUUUUUAAAGCAACCCCUAAGACAGCAAUUUAACUUGAAUUUUACUAUCUAACGAGAAAUGAAAGCAAUAAACAAUGUACUGCAGUCCCACAAUCAAUCAAUCAGUAGCUGAACUGGGUUCCACACGGUCACAAAAACAAAACAAAAUGAGCCACAAAAAUGCAAAAUAAAUAGCAAAAACAGACAGACCUCAGCAUAACACUCAAAUCGGAAGUGUAACACUCAAAGCGGAUCAUGUUUGGCUUCCGAAAAAAGUUCGCAAAAGUUUGCAGUGUUUGGGUUCCAAGUUGUUUGAGUACCAAGGUGUUUGAGAACCAAGGUACCACUGUAUGCCAGUAUUUGUUAAUCUUUUUAUAGAUCUAUGUUCCAAAGAGAAAAUCAUUGAAGAUAUGAAACUGACUUUGGAGGAGCAAGAACAGACUCAGUCAGAACAAGACCAACAACUUGAAGCCAGGUUUGAAGAGAAUAAUAAACUCAUGGCAGGUAAGUUAUGAGGACAGGACAAGCUCCUUUACCCCCCUUUCUGAGCCCAACCUUCCCCCAUCCCUUUGGUACAUGUGUGUGUGUACCUCUUAAAAUAUAUAUUCUUUAUAGUUAAAAUUUUGUCAAAGCUUCUGUUGAAUUUGAGAGGCAUAGCCUUAUAGCAGCUUGAAGACUAAGAAGUUUUGCUAUGGCAUAAUAAAUGUUCAUGAACUAGAGCAGCGCUAGGGACGAUAUGAUGCAACCUGGCUUGGGAUAGGCAAUUUUGGAGGAUACAGACCUUCUAAAUAAAUAAUAUUAAAGAAUGUUAAAUUGGUAGUGGGUGGUGGUAGGGAAGAGAAGGAAGCGGAGUAGUUGAAUACCAUGCAGUUCAAAAAGUACUGUCUCUGACAGUACAUUUCAAGUUGAAAUAGCUGAAAUCCAAGCACAUAUGAGCAACUUUUAAUAACAGAGAAAUGCCAGAAUCCACAGUUGGGAAAUACUUUUAUUCGGUUCAACCAAAAUGCCACAGAAGCAAGUUCAAGUUCUCCAGAACUCUUCACUGGGCAAGAUGUUAAACAAAUUGGGAUCGGGGUGAGAAAUGAAGGGGAAAGUCCAAAAAAAUCCCUCCGACAAUGCAGUUUAUGCAGCCUCUUGCAUUGUUAUAAAUGCAUCUUCUCCUGUAGAUCUGGAAGCGUGGAGGAAAAGGUACCGUGACCUAGAGGAGCAAAUGAGGAGUCCGGCACAACAGAAGGUUAACACAGAAUGUGAAAAAAGCACAGAGUUGCUCCGUGAAGAACUAAAAAAGCUGCAAGAGAAGCUGAAGGUAAUGUUUGGGUUGCUGUCAUGGUUUAAAGAUUCUACAUGACUUUGUUGCAAACCACAUGGAGGACCUCAUUGCCAUCUGUCCUUCUUGUUGUCAGAAGAAUAUUAAUAAACUGCUACUGGAUAAUCUUGGCAGAAGGGGCAGGUAAGCCUGAGCUUCUAAGACCCGUGUGUCUGGAACAUCAUUAUCCAGGUGGUUUAAUGAUUUCCCACUUGGGAAGUGAGAGACACACCACUUGGUGUGAGUCUCUCUUACUCGAGCUCACCUUAGUGAAACGGGUUGUUUUCCCCAAAUGAAGGAGUUGUGUUACCUAUGUAAACUACCCAAAUGCCUGUGCAACUUGCACCUUUGAUUGAACCAAAAGUAUCUAGAAAUGUGCAUUUGCAUGGCCUGCUAAUACUGGCAUGAGAAGUUCCUGCUGGCUCCAGUAGUUUAGAGCUACAAGUGGGUUCUUCUUAGGCCUUCACUGGCCUCUUUAUUUCUUCAGCUGCUAUAAUUUCCUUCCCUGAACCUAGAGCCUUCUGAGGUGGAGUAGGCAAGUGGAAAAAGGAUUGUAGCAUUCAUACAGCUGAUAAUCCUAAAGCUUACUCAGUUCUUCAUUUCAUACUUGGUAACAAUGCUUGGUGUCCCAUUACGACACACACAAACUUAUUAAGGAUAAAUAAUUGGAAUAAGGAGCAUAAAGAACAAGGCAAAUCAAAGAAAAUACGCAACUCUGAUAUUUUAUACAAUUAUUAAAGGUCAGGAUAUUAUUCAUCCCAGGUCAUAUAUUUGAUAGGAACUUGUACCAGGAUCACAGAUAGUUUAUGAGGGGUGUAUUCUUUGUUAAAGAUAUGCCAGCUGCACUGAUGUGCACAGAAACCUAUUUUUUUCUUCGUUUCUCCCUUCCCUCUGUGGGUCCCUAGCCUCAUUCUGUGGCCCUCAUUUAUGCAUUUCAUUGAGUUUCAUUGCACAGCUUAAAGUUCUUGCACCAGGGGAACUGCUUAGUUGGGUACCACCCAUAGCUACCAUGACAACAUUAUUUGGGUGGAAUCUGCCUUUCCUGAGAGUUGUUCAUGUGGCUAUGUACAAUUUCCCAGAUUCUGAUGAAAUGGAAGCUUCAAAUUUCUCCCCUUUGCAUGCCAAAAAGAGAGUGGGCAAAAGAAGAGCAUGCAAACAGAAGGCUUGCCAAUGUGGUAUUCACAUAAUGCUAAACUAUGGUUUGGCACUGCCUCUGAAUGCAGCAUAGCUUUGGAACUACUUUACAAAUAACUCAGCAAGGGUGCUUCAUGUUGGUAGAUUGACACUUUUUUUCUGUAGAAAAGAAUAACACGUUCUUUCCAGACUGUGUGACAGCUAAAAUUUUAACAUUUUGACAGGAAUAUGAAGAACAACAGAAAACGGAUCGCAAAAAAUGGCUGGGAGAAAAAAUGGCUCUCAUAACUCAGGCAAAAGAAGCAGAGACUCACCGUAACAGAGAGAUGAGAAGAUUUGUUGUAGACAGAGAACAUCAUGUGAAGCAGAUGGAAGAAGCAGUGAGUAACCAUGAGCUCCUAAUGCAGCAGGUGUAUACAGGAGGGGUGCGCUAAGAAGUAAGUUCUGCUGUGUUCAGUGGGAUUUACUUUCAGGUAACUGGGUGUAGGAUUGCAGUCUCAACCCUUCAAAAGAUCGGCAGCCUCUUCCAUAGAAUUGUAGAGUUGGAAGGGACCAUAAGGAUCAUCUAGUCAAACCCUCUGCAAUGCAGGAAUCUUUUACCUCACGUGGGGCUCGAACCAACAAUCCUGAUAUUAAGACCCUCAUGUUCCACCAGCUGAGCUAUUUCGUACUGUUCCUACUCAUGGUUCAUAGCGUAAAAUACUAUAUACCCCAUUACCUUCUCUCCGGAGUGCACAUUUUUAAUUAAAUCACUUUUAUUGAUAAUAUUCAUAUCCUGCCUUUUCUUCAAGCAACUCAGGGGGGUGACAGAGAUGCUGCAUUUUAUCCUUGUGACAAUCCUGCAAGGCAAGUUAAGCAGACAAAUGGUCACUGGCCCCAAAUUACCCUUUCACCUCUGGUCCCACUCCAACCCUCUGUCUGUACUGGACUAGUAUAAUGCAUUUUAUCUUGGGGCCACCCUUGAAACUUUAAUUUGUUCAAACCGAGGCAUCACAGCCAUUAGCCAGUGUUGAUCACUCAGGCUGUAUACUUGUGUCAAGAGAAUUUUCCUGGCUACUGGUCAAUACUAUGAAUUUGAAUCGGACUGGAGUCUCUUAGAAUUCCUCCUUCCAUUCAGUCCCCUUGCCAUGAUCUGCAGAUAGCGCCUUGUUCUAGGCUAGCCUUCCCCAACCUGAUGUUCUCCAGAUAUUCUGGAAUGCAGCUUCUUAUCCCUGACCUUCAGCCAUGCUGCCAGGGGGCUGUUGGGAAGGUAUCAGCUGGAAGUCUGCACUGUGCCAAUAAUGUUCUCCUUUGGGGAACAAAAUCCUGUACCUUCAAAGAAUUGAAGGAGCCCAAAAAUGUAAUCCCAAAUGUUGUAGAUAAAUGGGAAUGAAUUUACCAAAGGGGAAAACUUUUUGGAUCAGAUCGGUAUCUUCCCCACCCUGCAGGUCAGCUUUUAUAUGUCAAGUGACUGAUAAGUGGGUGUUCCUGCCCACCUUUCAAAGUUGGCCUGUGAAGGUGGAGAUAGAACUUUCUGUGCAUUAACUGAUGCACAGGGAGUUAAAUCCAGCUUUCUGCAGGGAUCACCUGUGUGAGUAGCCAAUCCAGCCACAUCUCUAUGUGAUGUCAUGUGUGCAGCAGGUAGGAGUGGUUUGGGGAAAACGACCUGGGAGUCCAAAUGGGAAGGCCUGGCAGGCAUAAUUUGGCCCAUGAGCCAGAGGUUCUCCACCCCGAUCUGCUGCUUCUCUGCCAAACGACACAAACUAGUUUACGAUUAGAAUUACUUAUAAAAAUACAAAAGCUUCCCUGUAUUAAAAAACAACAACAACCCUGAAACAACAUGUCCACAAAAAGUCAUGCAGCUGGGACAAUUCCUCCCUAAAGGGUUUUUACUGUGAUUUUCAAUUCCUUGCCUAUAGGAAAAACUUGUGACCGAGAAAGAUAAUGAUCUCCGAAAAUGGCGGGCAGAGAGAGAUCAGCUGGUGGCAGCUCUGGAAGUUCAGCUUAGCUCUCUGCUUUCAAGUAAUGCACAAAAAGACCAAGAAAUAAAAGAACUGAAGGAAACUGUACUGAAAACUUCUGGCAAGGUCUGUGCAAUGCCCUCUCCUUUUUUUGCAUCUGCCUUUUUGUAUUGAUGUGUCUCUCGCACACGUAUUCUGCUUUUUGUGAAAUUAACAGUCUUAAUGACAUUUCCCUCACUAGAACUUGUUUGAUAUUUACAAGUCCACUGCUUGGCCUACUGGGUGUUUGAUGACUGUUAGCUGAAUGAGUGAACUGACUCCAUGAAACACAUAUCUAGGAUGAUCUGAAAGUUCUAUUGGUGUGGCAUUCGGUCUGUGAUGGACCAUUCGCGCAAUGAUCACUUAAUGUUGACCACCAAAAAACCCCCGAGCAUGUGGGGUGCAAACUUCUGAAUUAGAAGUUGCUGGGGAAGAACAACAGUUUUUGCCAUUGGUGGCCUCACAGAUCACAUCUGGCAGGUUACACGGAGAAACUUUGUUAAGCACCCUUGCUGAUCUGCGUUGGAACAGGAACUACAGCAUUUCUUGCAGUUCCAGAUUCUUCAAGAAUCUAGCUUGUGUUUUUGUAGCUGCUGAAUCAUGAUGGGCAUCUUUUUUGUACUAUGUGCAAUACAAGCUGGCUUUUUAAUCAUCAGGGAUUUCUUUUGACAGAUUCAGUGUGACAAAUAUGAUUUGCACGUGUAUUUUCAGAAAUAUUUUGGACUCCUUUUUUAAACAAACAGAAUCAUGCACUGAAACAUCCACAUUGAACGUAUGUUGCAGUUGGAUUAGCUUGUUUUUAUAUAAAAGAGUGGAAUCUAAUGUAGUGCACUUUAACCUGUGCUUGACCAUUCAUUUCUUGAUAACACACAGUGCUUUUCUUUUCUUUUUGUCUUUUAAAAGGAUUGCAAAAUUACAGCUAAAGAAUCUAGAGACGACGUUACAAAUAAUGUAAGACGAGUUAGUUCUGAGAAAUCUACAACUAUGUCACCCAUUCCAAAAAAAGAAGCAGAAAACAAGAUGGACAACCUCUGUGACUAUAAACUGGUAAUUUAAUGUUUUUAGUAUCUUACAAUGGAAUCCUAUAUGUUACCACUGUUCUCAGUGGGACUUACACCUAGAUAAGUGAGGAAUGCAGCCAAAGUCUCUUACUGUUAGGUCAGGUGCCAUUUUCCCUGCAAUUACUACUCAUACUUAAAAUUAGUAAAUUUCAAUACUUGUUAAUAGGGGUGUUUGUGAAUAAAAUGUAUAUUAUUUUGAAUUUUAUAUUGCUGAUGAUUAUUGUUACAUAUAAGGAUAUUCACCUUCAUUGUUUAUAUUCCUGGAUUCUGACUGUCUCAACUAGAAACUGGGCACGUUGUGUUGCUGGUUCCAUACCAGCAGAGAUUCAGCAGGCCUCCCUCACUUUUGACUUUCAGGCACCUCUUGAAGACAUCAUCAUCAUCAUCAUAAGUUAACAAGUCCACUGUUCAAAACAUUUUGAUUAGCCAGACAUUUUUCUGUUUUUCAUGGUUUGGAUAUUUUAUUGUGUAGUGUAUUUCUUGUAUACUACCCUGAUGUCUUAUGAGGAGCAAAAUAUAAAUAGUUAUAUAAAUGGACAUUUGUGGCUUUUCAGCAGCAAACAAGCUCUACAGAAGGAGGGCAUUUCAUAAGACAGGCACUGUUUUGUAAGAUAACUGGUUCUGCAUCUUUUAUUUUAUUUUCCAUGCAUAUUCUGGUAGGCCUCCAUCCUCCAAUUUCUCCUUUUCCCUCGGGGCUCAUGUGGAACUUGCCCUGGCACCUGUCACUCUGAAUGUUACCCAUGUGGUUUUCAUCCUCUCUUCUUUCCAUUUUACGCUGCUUUACUCCAACCGUAGGACCAGUCAGACACCAUCCUGGAUUCUUGCGAAGUAUCUUCAGAGAGCAGCCAAGCCAGUCGAUUUCCAAAACCUGAAAUGGAGAUUCAGUUCACACCUCUGCAGCCCAAUAAGAUGGAAGUGAAGCAUCAGGGGAGUUCUGCCACAGUGACCAUAAAAGUCCCCAAGGCAAGGAAAAGGAAAAGCAGUGCCAUGGAUGAGGUAUUUAGUCAUGAGAUUGUUUAACGUUGUUCAGGGUGUGUGCACAUAACACAGUAAAUACAGUUGUACCUUGGAAGUCAAACAGAAUCUGUUCAACUUCUGAAACAUUCAGAAACCAAGGCGCGGCUUCCAAUUGGCUUCCGAUUGCACAGGCGCACCGGAAACAGUAGCGGAAGCUGCGCUGGGCAUUCGGCUUCCAAAGAAACCGAUUGAAAACCGGAAUACUCACUUCUGGUUUUCGAUCGUUUGGGAACCGGAACAUAUAACUACCAAGGUCGAGGUACGACUGUAGUACUUAAAAUAUUGAUUCGAAAAAUCCCCAAAAGUUUCAGUCCUAAACACAUCUUAAAAACUCACAAACCCAUUUGAUGAAGUGGGCAUGAAACCUUUAUGUCAGAAUACAUCUGUUAUUCUUUAAGGUGCCGCAAGAAGCUUUGUUGUGUUUUAAUUAUAUCAUAUUUUAGUUGCCCCUCUGGACUGUUUACAGCUGGAAACAUAAAUUCCGUCUUCUAGUCAGUUGCUGUCAUCUAAGCAAAGGCAGCACAAGCCAAUGCAUAGAGGACAUCUCUGUAUUUCCCAGGCGGAGAAGGUCACAGCCCAGGGAAUUUGAAUUUUACUUUUAGAUUGGCUUUCUAGCUGAAUGCAGCCUGUACUCUGAUUAUUGGCAGCUUUCCAAUCAGUAUGUCAUUGACAGUGGUAGAAGUGUGCGUCAGGUUGUGCCCAUAAAAUAUCUGGCCUUCCCUUCCACAUAAGAGUCCCACCAAUUCAUAAUUAAUUUUCACACUAAUGGUAGCUUUCUGCUAAGGAGAGCAGUGUGUGGUCUUUUUGGAUCACUAUCUGUGGCAGAUACUUUUGGAUACUUUUAACAUCUGUGUUAAAACUUCGAGUGCUGCAGAAGGGGCCACAUGAAUUCAUGAAUACUUGGAGGAGGUGAGUUCACUGGAAAAAUAACUGGUCUCCUCAACUAUUUUUCUUCAAGACAAAUACACUCUCAAGAUGCUGGAAAAGCAGAGUUAGGAAUAAAUGCACUUCUGAUGGUCUCAGUCAGGUACUGGAUCUCUUUGAGCUCUAUGCUCUAGAUGUAUGUGUAGAUGACAACAGUAUUAGUUCUUCAUAUUUCAUGUGUAGCGUCAUAACACUUCAAUGAAACUAAGCCAUAGCUAAAUUCAGCUUCCAGAGGCCACCUCUCACCAACCACCUAUUACCUAUUGCGGAUAAUCUGCUAUGCUAGUAUACUUGUUUGUCACUCAGAACAGGAGAUGUACAACAACUGAAAUCAGCCUGCCAGUAACUCGUGUCAAUUAAUUCUAAGAGGCACUUGGGCUACAGUCUUAAGCAUCUGUACCUGAAAGUAAAUUCUACUAAAAUGGGUUGGAUUUCCUGCAUCAAAUGGUUUUGGUGUGUGUUUGUUUUAUAUUGCAAGUUAUGAGAAACUUGCUCAGGAACUGGGAUUAUAAAGCUGGCCUUUAUUGGUGACAGCACUUUAAAAUUCAAAAACUUAAAAAAAAAUGAAUGGGCUGUUUUUAUUUAAUUGAGUGGUGGCAAUGGAGUCCUGAACUCGAUCAUCUUCCCAUUUAGACACGCAAGCUCCCACUAUAUAUUCUUUAGUGGACUUUAGUGGUUUAUCAAAUAGUGUUUGCUACCUCACCCUUGGUUUAGCCUGAACCUACAGGGUGUCGACAUCUUGACAGAAACCUGCAAAAAGGUCCCGACUAGUCCACCUGAAUCAUACUAGCUAUUCAUUACAACAUAAGCAAACAUUCCCAUCUUAUUGGCCUAUAUGCUGGCUGUCAAUGCUAGAUGCUGCCAUACUGACUUCUGUAGCUAUUAAAAAGUUGCCCUUUCACUUCACUUCAUUAUAUUUCUUUGCAUAAUUAACACACAGAAGAAAUUAGGUGAAACUGGAUUAAAACAGCGGUUUCAGUCUUUCCAUUUCAUUUCAGAGCAUGCUUCUUGUUUAAGUAAUGUUGUAUAACAAGUUCAUGAAUUUCUGAGCAUUGCUUUUAGGUAGAUUUCUAACAAUAGUUUUCUUUUUCCUUUGAGAAACAAUAGUUUUCUUUUAACUUAAACGGCCCUUCUUAGAAAUAGUACUUGGGUGCUGAGCAUGCUGCUUUGUUUUUAAGGACUUCCUGAAGAGUGAAAAUGAGAAGAAUGCUCCAUCCCCAGCUAGUACCUGGUCCGGUUCAUUAUCCAGAGAAAAGAAAAAGGUGUGUGUUUGCGUACAUGUACGUAUGUGUGGGAAGGAUUGUAUCCAAUGACUUUAAUGAUGCAGUUGUCCACUUUAAUAUGAAAUCACCAUUUUGACUAGCAGAUGCUCCCCAAUUCUUUGGGCUGUUACAGGUCAUACCCACUUUGCGUGGAGGUUCCGUUUCUGGCCCCUGCACGCAUUGGUGAAGUAAGCCCAUUCCACCCUCUUUCAGGUCCAAAAGGACCCACGUCAAUUGGACGUGUGCAAAAUGGUCAUCACCUGCACAGUCAUACCUUGGAAGUUGAACAGAAUCCAGUCUGGAAGUCUGGUCGACUUCCAAAAUGUUCGAAAACCAAAGCGCAGCUUUGGAAGCUCCUGCAGCCAAUCGGAAGCCAUGGAAGCCCUGUUGGAUGUUUGACUUCCGAAAGAACAUUACAAAAAUUGGAACACUCCUGGUUUUUGAUCAUUCGGGAGCUGGAACAUAUGGGAGCCGAGGUACGACUGUACUCAGAACACUCGUAAAGUGUUUUGGAAAUCCCAUUGGGGCAUACCAGCACUCCAGAAACCAUUAGUGUAAUCCCCCCGCUGGCCUCUGGAGGGUAGUUAAGCUCUACCUUAAAAUCCUGUGCAAAUAACUUUUAUAAUAAAGGCCUCAGCUUUAUUAGUUGUAUUACACUGUAGCAGGAUCCUGCCCCUCCCUCCGGAAGAUCAGCUGCUUGCUUGCCCACAGACAGUUGGUUAUAUGAUGGCAAAAGUCUUUCAGACUGCACUAGAUCUCAAGCCUACCAUCCUAAGUGUCGUGAUGUUUUGUGUCCCUCCAGACUGCUCCUGACGGCUCUCCUAGAAAGGAUUAUCCCUUAAGAAGCAAACAACUUGCAUCGGCUGUAAGGUCACCUGGGAAUGUGGGUGGGGCACUACAGAAAGUUGGCAAUUUCUUUCAGAGUUCUACAAACCUACAGUCCAAAGGUAAACAGCAAACCAGAGAUUAAUUUAUUUCAUCUCCUAAAGGUUUUCUGUAACUCCUACUCUAAAGGAGACAGCUUAUGUUGAAUCACAUGGGGGAAGAACUGAGUUUUCAUGUCUGGGGGAUCUGUCUUCCAUUUCUGGGAGGCACACUUAGAGCUGUAAUAACACUCUUGUAGUCUGAUCCUCUUGCAGAGCAAGGACUUGGAGGUGGCUUCAGCCCCUUUGCUGCAGCAUUGUCAAACAUUGGUUUGGGUGUGAGACUAGGACUGGGGAGACCUGGGUGUGAAUCUCCAAUCAGCGAUGAAGCUUGCAGGUGACCUUAGAGCAGUUGGUGUCAUGGAUGCAGAGGAGUGCUGGGAGGCACCAGCUGGGGAACCCCAAGGGGAAAAAGGCUCAGAGCCAGGGGCGUGGUGGUGGGACGAUGAUGAGCAGUCAGAGGGAGAAGAGGGAGGGGACUGGAAGUGUCAGAAGAGGCAAGAGAGUUUAGUGAGGAGGAAGAGGCUGUGGCAGAGAGCAGUCCAGACUCAGAGGCAGGAGAUGAGGGGGGCCAGAAGACAGAGAUAAGGCAGGCUGCUGAAGAAUCUAGGGAAGCCCCCACUCCUGCUGCAACCAGCUCCCCUCUCCCCUGGUCUCUCAGAACAUGCAGAGAAAUGAAUGAGAGGCAAGUUGACAAAGCCUUAGGGUGCUGAGGAAUGAACUGGGGGGGGGCGACACUCAGUGGUGGGAAGGUGAGGACUUUCACUCCUCGCAACUGUCUCAUUGGGGCAAGACCUAUUGGGAAGGGUUGAUAGGAUCACUAAGCCUGCACUGUUUUGGUUUCUUUGAAUAAAGAGUUAACUUCACUGAUGGCAGUGAUUUUUAUUGCUGACCGACACCUGACUCCUGACAAUUGCUUUCUCUCAACCUGACCUUUCUCAGGGCUCUUGUCAGGUUAAAGGGGGAGAGCGGGGAAGAACCACAUAUCCUACCUUGAGCUCCUUGGAGGCAAGGCAGACUAUACACUGUGCCCAUUUUUGCUGCAUGCAUUCCAGUUGGUCCUGGUUUGUGAAACCGGACAUCAGGAGAGUAUCUUUUUGAUGAAGGUUUCAGUGUGGUGGCUUAGGUAAAAGAACAGCACAAGCAAUAAGAUGUGCUUGCCUUAUAUUUACUUAUUUGCAUUGUACUUAUUUCCAAUGGUUCCUAUUGCAUUUUUUAAAAAAUUGCUACCUUUAUUUGCUGUUCAUUUGAUAUAUGGUCUGCUGCUGUGGAUGCAAUCCUGUGGGGAAGGGAUGCACCUGUGCAGUUUUGCACAUAACAGAAGGGUAAAAUGUCGCGAAAUGCCUCUUCCAGCCAAGAAGCUGAUGGCAACGAUGAAAUCCCCCAGAUCUACAGAGCAGGAGUCCAUUAAAGAAAAUGCUAGCAAGCCAAAGCGAGCGAGGCGCAAGCUGUACACAAUGGAUAUUUCUUCCCCUAUGGAGUUCUCUGGACAAGUGGUAAGCGGUAUCGUGAAAAAAGUUUUUUUUUAAGGAAGCUGCCCUUGGGGGACAACUCAUCUGAUAAAUUAAUUUAUUACCUCUCCUUCAGUCCAAGAUCUUGGAGUGAGGGUGUAUCAUAACAAUUUAAAAGACAACAUUAAAAAUUGUUUAAAACAAAUUGCAAUUGCAGGGAUAGAGUGGGUCCUAGACAGUUACAUCUCGUGCCAAAGGCCAGGGUAAAGUUUGUGUCUUCAGCAUACAGUGAAAACUACUAUUGAAGGUACCAGAUGCAUGAGCUCCACAGCUUAGGGGCUGCCACAGAGAAUGGGACACCUCCAAGCACCUGAGAGCGUAGAACAGCCAACAGGGGCCGCCUUCGUUCAUCUUAACACCCAUGACGUGCUGUAAGGAGGAAGUCUUUCAGCUAGUUGGGUCCAAGUCAUUUAGGGCCAACUAAUGUGAGCAUACCUUGAAUCAGCCCUGGAAAUGAGCUGGCAGCCAACUGGACACUAUUAUAUAGCACAGAUAGACGAAAGGGAUUUAGGCUGUGUUUAACCCUCUUUCCCUAUGCUUCCUGCUAUUGGAAGCAGCAUUAAACAAAUAUGCUAGCUUAAUCUACUGGAAGUAUGGCAGAACAAACACAUUUCAUUUUAUGCCAGAGGCUCUCUUCCUUCUCCCGCCAUCAAGCUGUGAUUUUACGCAUAUCUGCUAAGGUCCACUGGGACUUAAUCCGAAGUAAACACACACAGAAUUGUAGUAAGGACUUGUUACCAAGGGCAAACCUGUUUCAGCUAGGGUUGCCGGGAGGGCUUCUGAGUCCCAUGUGGUCGACAGUGGCAACAACUGAGAGGUGUCUUCCUCUCUAAAUUAGGCUUAUUGAAACAAAGUGGAUUUUGGGGCAAGGGGCAGGAGUGGAUUUUGUUGUGAAAGGGUUAUGAACCCAGUUCUGAUUCUGAACACGAUUCCUGGGAUUAGGAUGUGCUCAUAGGUACCCUGUUUCUUGGUGCACAUCCUCUUUCCUGAGCUGCUAUUUUGUACCUGUCUCUGAUUGGUUAACUUCAGGGCUUGUAGAACCCUGAGGUGUGCCAACGCCUGGUCUGAGUAGUUCAUCAUGAGUUCAGAUUCCUUGUCAGCCCACAUGGGACAGAGUGUAAGAUGUUCAUUUCUACAUGACUUAGUCAACUAACUAGUGGGAGGGGUUCAAGAAGCUUUAUCAUGAGCAUAGGGGUGCAAUUACUGAGACAGCAAAGCCAUUUGUCCCUGAGAGUAAGCUGUCCAGGCACGCAGGGCCCUCAGUUAUGGAAAACACUCUGAAGACUAGAGAUUCCUGGCCACUGAUCUUACACUUCUAUACUGUUCCAAAAAAAUUCUUAAAAAAGUUUCACUUACUUUGGUCCAGUAGUUAUUCACUUGAUCUGUUAACAGCAGUUCCUUAAAUUCCUUUUCAGAUCGUGAUGGAUCAAAAGGAAAGCGAUCACGAAAUCAUCAAGCGGCGGCUCCGAACAAAAAAACCACAUUGAUUUUAGUGUGGGUUAUGUGUUGUUGUGUUGGUUUUUUUUUUUUUUAAACAGAGAAUCAUGUACAUAAUGUAAUCCUCAGCAGUUGAAUUUCGGAGCACAGCUCUUCUAAAGUGGAAAGUGGGUGUAGAUUGGAAAUGGUAUAGCAUCUGUACUAUUAGUUAUAUGUAUAACUUUGUGCAUCCUACUAGUGUUUUGAAAUUCCUGUAUAGGUUUUGUUGCAGCUGGGAGGAUUAAAAUAAUCGACAUUGUUUUGA